AUGAAAUCUAAACCACAAACCACAAAAGGAAGAUUAAUUGCUCCAGAUGUAAUCCAUCUCUCUGACUUUAGAGAUCCAAUCAGUCUUUAAGUUGGCGGUGAUAAAGAGAAAAUUAAUCCUGAAUAAGCUGAAAAGAUUGAUUUAAAUUAAAAAUAGAUAAACAAAGAAUCCAAAGCAGCUAAUGAGAUUGAAGAUUAAGAAAAUAAGCCUUUCUUGAAAAAAAUGUUUAAUUACUUCAGAAGAUCAGCAACUGGCUAAGACGACACGUACCCGAGAAAUCAAGAAUACGGGAAACAUAUUGACAUUAAGUACACUGGAUAAAUGCCAGGAGAGUAAAUUUGGGAAGAGAGUAAGCAAUUGUCAAAUUAAUCCUUAAUUGAUGAGAGUCACCAGUUCCAUGCUCAGAAAACUCAUAGCUAUGACCGUAUUUAGCUUACAAGCGAACCGACUGCUAACCCUGGCCCUUUAAUGGAAUAGUAAGAAAGAAUAUAUGACGAAGGAAAGGUAGAAUGA